AUGGUCAAAGAGAUCACAAGUUUGGAGGAGUUUAAAGCGGAGCUGGCUGCAGCUGGGAGCAAGUUGGUGGUGGUGGACUUUACAGCACACUGGUGUGGCCCCUGCAAAGCCAUGGCCCCCAUUUUCCAGAAAAUGGCAGACGACAACAAAGAUGCUGUUAUAUUUUUGAAGGUGGAUGUUGAUGAAGCACCGGAUGUGAGUGAAUAUUGUGAAAUUAAGUGUAUGCCAACCUUCUUUUUCUACAAAAAUGAACAGAAGGUGGAUGAGUUUUCUGGGGCUAAUGGAGAUGCUCUAAAGGCAAAGGUGGCACAACACAAGUGA